GAAACACAAGCAAUAAUGAUGAAUGGUAGAACUAUUCUUCUGGUCCUACUGCCAAUUUGCACCAUUCAAGCAUCAAAGCAGUGGUCUUCCCUAGUGGAAUACCACUCUUCAAUAACCUUCAACUGCAGCAGUGAAGAUAAGGUCGUCAAGGAAUCGGACCAGUUGGAGGACAUCACCUGGAUACUACCAUCUGGACAACUAGUCCGAGGUAACUCCCUGACAACAGGCCGUGAAAAUGUAAAACUUCUGGGAAAUGGAACACAGUUAGAAAUCAGUGAUGUUGAUGAUGCUGACUUUGGGGUUUACUACUGCAUUGCUAAGCUAAAUGGAGAAGACUGGGUAGUGAAAAAAGGAAUAAACAUUAUGGGACCUUAUUUUGGGGAUUUGGUGGCCAAGUACACUCCGAAAGCGAAAAUGGGAGCUGUUGCUGCAGGCAUUGCCUUCGUCAUUCUGUGCUGUCUUCUUCUAAUGUACGACAAGAACCAAGCUAAAGGAGAAAAGGCAUAUGAUGCUGUUUUUCUGAUAGGAAACCAACACAGUUUGGAAAAGGAGGGGGUGGACAAUCCUGCCAUGAAUAUGAAAGAAAUUGAAGAUGAAAGCAAUUUUCCAGCUUUGGAGUCAGGACAAAACAUAAAAAACCUGGCAGACACUCAUCUAUAAAUAAUGAAAAAAACAAACAAAUCUACAGUUAAAUGGUGUAAUACUUCAAAAACAAGUUUUAAAAUAAAAUUAAAAGUAUUUUAAAACCUAUUAGCUUGCAGUUUGCAUAUGUAUCACAGAUGAGUCAGUUUUUGAUAAUGUUUUAUUUUCAUUGAAUGGUAUGGAUGUGGAAACCCGGUCAUCACCUAGGACCAGCCAAUGAACAAUCUUUAAAUCAAUAUCACACAUGUGUGCUCAUUGUGUGUGUUUUCAAAAAUAACAAACAAUUUUUUUCACCAAUGAGUGUGUAAGAUAAAACUUUAAUCCAUGUUUCGACAUUUAUUUGUUUGUACUAGUAUUACAGCAAAUGAACUCUUAUGAAACUAUCUUAUACAUGUAUAUAUUCAUACUUUAAUCAGUUUAUAUUUUAUUUUAAGAAAUAUUCUUGCCAAAUUUAUCAACUGUUUGGUAAAUGAAGUGAACAUGUAUUUUAUCAGAUUCAAAUGUUGGUCAGUGACUGGACAAAUGAAUUACAAAUAUGUAGGUCAGGAUGAGUUAUUUAGGAUUAAGUGUUUAUGAAACAUGUCCUACAAAACAAAAUGUACGGUACCUUUCACAGAGGACCAGCAUCAGUGGCAGAGUUGUUAAACCACUGGCCUAUCAACAAAAUAUAUUGUCAAGAUCUAUGUUUUGGUUCAUUAUAUUUAACUAUUU